AUGCCCGACACAAAGACCAAACUCCGUCCCCAGCAAUCCUGUCUAAAAUGCCGUGAGCGCAAAGUGAAGUGCGACCGCUCCAUCCCCUGCAACGCCUGCAUCGCCCGCGGCAUCGAAGCCGAAUGCACAUACCUCACCACCGCCGAAGACCGCGCCCACAUCAGUCAAGCCGAGAUAAUCGACCGACUCCGCCGGGAAGUCGCACAGUUGCGCGGGCGUCUCAAUCAACCGCGAGAGCCGAGUCAGAGCCCCAGUCUAGGCAGUCGAUUAAGUCCCGGCUCCGAUCGCGAUCGGGAGCGGGAUGAGCGGAGACAGUACACGCCUGGGCCAGGGUCUGGCACUGGGGCUGCGCAUGGAUAUGGGAAUCAUUCUCAGACUCAAUCUCAGGCUGCGGUGACAGCAUAUGGAGCUGCGUAUGGCUCGCGGGAUGCGCAGGGCUUUCUGACUGGUCAUGGACAGGGACAGGGACUGGGACUGGGACUUGCGCAUGAUCGUGGGGAGGGGAGUUGGCGCGGGUCGUCGCCGGCUUCAACUAUGACUAGCUCGGCGACUGUUAUGAGUCCUGAGAGUACGGGGAGUGACAAUGGGUCGGGGUUAGGCUCAGCGUCUGUUUCUGGAUCGGGGUCUGGCGCUGGGUUUCCUCUGGCAACCGGGUUUGUCCCUCAGGUUGCUGAUUUUGAUGGGUCCGCUGUCGCUGGUGAUGCGGUCUUUGGACAUUCUCUAGAUGAUCCGAUCAUGUCGGGCUACUAUGCAGGCCGCCUUGGAGCUUCCUUUUCUCCCGGCGAUAUGGCUGGACUCCCAAUGAUGAGUGUGCCGCCGAGCGGGAUACCUACAAAGGAUGGGCUUGCCGGUGUACAUGCGCCAAUGUAUGGAGCUGGUGGAAUGGAGUAUAUGAUGGCCGACGCAGGUAAAGCUCUUCCAUACUAUCCCGACCAGAGCGUCAAUUAUCCCAUACCAUCGCCACAAAACGGAGAAAUACCUCAAUGGGGAGAUGGGUACAGUCAACAAGGCCAGUUUCAACAAUUAUAUCCGCAUCAAACACCAUCUUAUUCUUCUAUCAACACCUUUGGCAACAUGGCGAACAUGAAUCCCGCCACUGCCAAUCCGAACACAUAUACAGAUGUACCACCAUUUCCAGACCCAGCACCGACGCUUGCCAUAGCCGUCGAUCCUCCUGUCCUUGCCAAUCGGGGUUCCCAACACAUUCCCACCCCGACUAUCAUGGAUCAAAUUCCCCACUCGUGGAAAGGACAAGGAAAGCAGGAGCUCCUGGAGACGCUCCUGGAGACGAUAGGGACCUGCGACGAACAGAGCGUUGCUCAGGUUGUACAGGUCGUUCGGACGAGCGCAUCACCCGAAGAAGCGGUUUCUGGCAUCUGUCGCGUUCUCGGGAUCGGGAGUGGCCAGUGA